CUCACACCAGGUAUCUCACCGCAGCUGUCGAAAUUUGGGAGUCAGGAUCUAGGUGAAUCGUGUAAGCGCAGCAGUCUACCAGGGACACGUAUUGAAAACUAUUUCGAACGUGUCGCGAGAAUACUCAAUAAAAAGCGUCCAUGGUGAGACGAUUAAAUCGCCACAGAAACUCUUCCAAACGUCAACAUGGGACUUGUUAUUUCUCAUAUUUUUUCAGGGUUAUUCACCCAACAGGAGUCAAGACUACUGAUGCUUGGACUCGACAAUGCGGGGAAGACAACGAUUCUAUACAAGCUGAAGCUUGGCGAGGUCGUCACAACCAUUCCUACAAUAGGAUUCAACGUGGAGACGGUUGCAUACAAGAAACUCCAGUUUACCGUGUGGGACGUCGGAGGUCAACAAAGAAUUCGUCUUCUUUGGCAGUACUACUUUAAUAACACAGAGGGCGUAAUUUUUGUGGUCGAUUCCAGCGAUCGCGAUCGCAUUUCAGAAGCGAAAGAAGAGCUUCGCAUGCUGAUGAACAAUGAUCAAUUACGGGACUCGCUUUUGCUUGUGUUUGCGAAUAAGCAGGACAUGCCUGGCGCUAUGAGCGCAAGUGAACUCACCGAUAAACUAGAGUUGCGGAGGUUCGGACAGAAAACGUGGUACAUACAGUCUACCUGUGCAACUUCGGGCGACGGGCUGUACGAGGGCCUAGACUGGUUGGCAACCAAUCUCAAGAAGCGUCGUUGGUAGAUCAUCAUGAUGUUUCUAUGUGAUUCAGUAGGAUGAGACAGUAAAUUGGGUUUCGUAGUAUAUCCACAAUAUAGUGCAGUGUUAGUUUUGGUCAUGGAGAGGGCAUUUGUUGUUUGCUGUAUGGCCCCUUUAAGCUCAAGAUCCACGUCAAGGCUGAGUUAGUUUAAUAGUCGACGAUGAGGGCAGACGUGGAA